UUUUCGAGAUGAUGGGUGCUGCGAGAGCUGGAUUCUACAAGAAGAGAGUGUCCAAUCCGAUGCUGACCCCCAAGAAGAAACGAAAUUCUUCUGCCUCGGUGACAUCUUCACCAGCUCGUUCAACAACCAAUCGUCUUGCUGUUCCGAAUCCUCCACUCAGAAAACGUAGUGGUAGUGCUCCAUCAAUCAAAUUAAUUACACUUGCAUCGAUUUGGAACCUGAAACAUGAGCAUAUUAGAGCACUGAAAACAACAUGGGCUCGGUUAUGUGAACCUCCGAGAGCCAACUGUAAAGGAAUUGUGAGCCUUGUUGAGAGAGUGUGGGAAAAGUUGGAUACAAAAGACAAAGAUGUUCGGAAUAUUUUCUACAAUGCAGCAUUUGUUGAUUCAAUGCAUGAAAGGUGUGAACGGAGAAGAUCUGGAUCAAUUGCCACCCUUCGAGAUCAUACACACUUUUUUGUGUCCCUGGUUUCUCAAGUCGUGUCUAGUUUGGAAAAAGAGCCCGCAAAGAUUUUGGAGCACCUGGAUCACAUUGGUCAAAGUCAUGCGUAUCUGAAAAGAUAUGGUUUCAAGUCAUCACAUUGGGAGAAGGUCGGAGAAUAUUUUGUGGAUCAUGUGGUGAUACAGGAUUGCGUUCGCGGUUUCCCUGAAGCAUGCCGGGCCUGGACUGUACUCGUUUCAUCAAUUGUGGACCGGCUGCGAGCGGCUCCAAGGAGAGGAAGCUUCCUGAACUCUCCAUCUUCAUCAAGAAGAGGAAGCAUGUGCACAUCAUCACAGUUGAGCAUCAAUGACGAAGCUCCAAAAUGUCCUUUCAUGUCGAAAUCUGCAAACAAUUCGGUGACCCGCUUGUCUUGCUCUGAAUCCGUGUCUCGUCGCGGAUCCAUUGUACUUCCAGCCACUACAAUUGAUAUGUCAACGCUGAAAGAUGCUCUUCCAACACCACCACACAAUCUUCAUCAGAAUAAUAAUCAUGUGAUUGCCUAAUAAGUUUCAUUUGAUAAUAUGAGUUAAUAAUUGUGAGAACCUUUUUUCCUUGUCAAUAAAAAAUCAUUUAUGC